UACAUUUAAGACAAUGAUCCUGGUGAACAAAUGCAGAUGGAAGAAAGAGCCUUAAAUACAACUGGAGAGCUUGAUGAGGCGGAGGAGAGGACGGUGAACAUCUAUGAAAGCAUAGACAAUCUCAGUCUAAAUACCAAAAGAAUUGUGACCCAGAGUACCCUGUAUCAGCAGCCAGGCAGGACUUUUUACAGGGCUGCGACUUUGUGCCUGGGUCUGCUGUGUAUUCUCCUCCUGGCUGGCAUUAUGGGCGUAGAAGUUCACUGCAGAAUCAAACUGCAGACCCAUAUCAAGAGCGGGGAUGAAAACAGAAAACAGACUUUGGUUGAAAUCUAUCGUUUCUGUAAGGAUGGGUGUAAGUCAUUCAACAACAGUUUUUACUUCAUUUCAUCUGGACAAAAGAGCUGGGAGGACAGCAGGCAGGACUGCAAAGACAGAGGGGCAGAUCUAAUUAUUGUAAACAGCAAAGAAGAGCAGGUAUUCAUCAACUCCUUCAACCGCAAAUUCUGGAUUGGUCUGAGUAACAAAGACAGAGAGGGAACAUGGAAAUGGGUGGAUGGUUCAGUUCUGAACAGCACAGGUUGGUCAUUUGGUUGACCAUGUUUGGACAGGUUUUGGAUAGGAGUUGAACCCAGGGGAUGGUUUGGAGGAGUGAGGGACGGUUGUGUCA